AUGUGGAUGAUGAUGAGACAUGGAACUCGUUAUGCGUCAGAAAAUGAAAUUCCGAUAUUAUUGGGUUUAGCAAAAUUUCGGGAUCAAAUAUUGAAAAAUCAUAUCGCAAAUCGAGAGCGCGUAAAACAGGCAUUUCCAGAGCUUAUUAUAAAAAAUCCUAAUGAUAUUAAUUCUAAUUCUUAUGUGUUUAGAGCAAGUAAUACUGCACGUACUAAUGAAACUUUAAUAUCCUUUACUGAGGGACUUUUUUUAAAAAAAGGAUUCAUAACACCUGUAGCAACGCCUGAAUCCGAGAGAAUUAUAGAGCCAUAUCAGAAUUGUUUUAAUUGGUACAACGAUUAUGAUUCAAAUCAUUACAAUGAUGAAAGCGAUAAAUUUAUCAUGACCUCAGAAUUUCAACAACUAAUUAAGAAUGUAUCAUCCAGACUUGGCUUUAUACGUUCACUAAAUUUUAAUGAAAUCUACGCAAUAUAUACCACAUGUCGUUACGAAGUAGCUUGGAAUCCAGAUCAACUUUCAAUUUGGUGUAUGCUCUUUCUUUUUGAAGAAAUGAAGCUCAUGGAAUAUAUUGAAGAUUUGUCGUAUUAUUACAUUUCUGGACCAGGACGAAAACUUAGUGGUCAACUUGGUUGCCACGCAGUCUCCGAUAUGUUCAACCACUUUGAGAAGGUUGAAAAUGACACUCUUCAUGAUCAGCCUAAAGGUAUCUUCUAUUUUGGCCACACUCUAUCCAUUCAAAUACUUCUUGCGGCAUUAAAAAUCAAUGCAGACGAGGUACCAAUUAAUGCAUCAAAUUAUCAUACUGUUGAUAGGAAAUAUCGCACUUCACUCCAGACACCAUUCUCGGCGAACCUCAUGGCUGUCUUUUAUAAAUGCGAAGGAGAAAACAAACCUAAUAAAGUGAUAUUUUACUUAUGCGAGAAACCAUUAUACGUACAUUAUUGCAACGGUCAAAUUUGCGAUUGGGACGAAUUGAAAAAAAAGUUUCAAUCGGAUAUAGAUACUUGUACGAUUGAUGUUUGUGACAAGAAAGAUCAAGAUCAAUAAUGAAUAUUAGACUACAAUUUUUUCAUUAAGGAAUAUCAAUCAUUUUUUAUUUA